CUGCAAAGAGGGUGACGUUUACCUAUCCAUGAAAAUUUUCUACUGAGACGUCGAAUUCUCCCCUUUCAUGAUGAAAUCACCGCUACGGAAAGCUGUGGUCGUUGUCCUAGUUGUCUACGCCAGCGUUUCAUGGUGUGAGGAUAUUCCAUCAGAAACUCCGUCACGAACGAACAGUUCAAUUGGGUGAGCCACUUGGAAUAUGACUCUUGUACCAGUCGAAAAUAUUAAAUGUUUACACGGGUCACUAAUUCAUCUGAAGUAUUUUUACACCCAUUGAUUGUGAUCACAGUUAUCAACACUUCAUUGUUUAAUUCAUUUUUUAGCAUGAACAACACAGAGGGAGAAGUAAAUGCGACAAAAACUACACCAGUUACUACAACACAACCUCCAACAACCACUGAGGCGCCGAUCGAGGAAAUACCCGAACCACCUGAGGUCGAACAACACAGUUCGAUGACAAUUUUUUUCAUUCUUCUCGUUGUAGGUAUGAUAUUUAAAUCUUCGUAUCCACAGUUAUCUGUGUGUGGCUGUUGGAGCGAGAUGUACACAUUUUACUAAUAUUUUCAGUCAGUGUCAGCUGUCAUUCUUCGAGGCAACUAAUUCACAUUUUUAUUUUAUAUUCUAAAAUUAUUUGAGCAGCUGCUAAUCUCCAAUUCUUAAGAUGAUGUGAUUUUUUUAUUUAAGUAGAGAUAACUUUCAGUGGUCAAUAAGAACAGCUGGUGACACCACGACAGAAAAGAUAUCACUAAAUGUCACAUGUUUAUGAAAAUCCUACUUACACCCAUUAGUAGUACAAACAAAAACAGCAUAUUAUUUUAAUUGUUGAAACCUCACUGAAAUGAUCCUUGCUAUCAGCUGAAACUGGUCUCAACAAUAAUUUCUUGAGCUGCAACAGAAUUUAAAACUUAUCUGGAAUGAUUUGGCCCAGUUUCCACUGUGCUUUGGCAUAGAUAGAGGCAGAGUGUUUCCACUCUUUAAAAAAAGCUAAGUUAGCUUUUAGGAUAAAGAAUCUGCCUAUUACAAGGAAAAGUGGGAAAAAAUUAAAAAGAAAGACAUAUCUACACUGGAACUAUAUUAUUUGGUACAAAUACAGUUUAUACAGUUAGUGAAACCCUUCCUUUCCAAUUGAUCAGAUCAGUGUUUUCUUCUGUGACUAACUGUUUUACACACAAAUACAUAAUACAUUAUUUAUGUUACAUUCUCAAGAAAGUGAUAUUGUGAAUGUACUGAGAAUGUCUGAGUGCAAUAUCUUUCCCUUCUCAUUUCUUUUGUCUUUAGCAAUUUAUGCUCUGGUACAUUUCUAUUUGAGGUGAAGUUUGGUGAAAAGAAAACUUUUUUGAAAAGAUAUGUGAAUUAGGAUGACUCAUCUCCUAAUAUAUAGAUUUAGCCAAGCCUAAAAGUGGAACUUGCAUUUUUUUUCCCGCACGUCUCAAGGGCGCAUUGCCAGGACUAGAACCCGGGUCAUCCAAAUCAGAGCCCAGUGCACUGACCACUGUACUAUUGAACAAAGCCGUGGCACUUGUGUACCCAUGGUAUAGUUGACCACGCAUGUUAAAAGUAGCGCCUUGUACGGUCGUAUGGUCAUACAGUCGUAUGAUCGUACAUCCAACUUUUUUUGGCUUGAUGAGUUACUACUAUUUUGUAUAAUUAUGGGGCUAUGCUCUGCAAGCUCUGCUAAAAUAUUUACAUCUAUGUAUAAAUAUUGUAUAUACUUAUAUUUCAAUAGUUUUUUAAAAUAAAAAUAUCAAUUCUUGAUUACUUUGCAUUCGGUUUCAUUUUAGCCCUUUGUAUUUUGUUGAUCCACUUUUUACUGAAGACUAAAUUUCACUACCUUCCUGAAAGUGUAGCUGUUGUUUUCCUGGGUAAGUUGCAUUAUCUCUGGAUAGUAUUUCAGAUAGUUUUUGGAGUGAAUGCAAUGCUCACAACCUACUCUAGAGACAGUACUAUAUUUAUCUACUUUUUGAAACUUGACACUUUCAUACAUAAGAUGUACAUAAUUAAUCUUUCUCCUUUACAUCAAACCUUGAAUGAACAGUUGUUGGUUGUUCUAUUGCAGGUGCACUAGUUGGUUUGGUUAUAAAAGCCUUAAGCCAUUUUGCUCUUGGAGACUGGAGGGUUUGUUUCAGUUUUCUGCUUUGCUGAUAUUAAUGAUAAAUUAUUCUACUAUAGUUGCUCAUUAAAGGUGCCAGCUCUAAUUUUUUGAGGAUUACAUUUAUUUGUAUCUUGCCUCAGUCACCCUAUAUGGAAUGAGUUCACCAAUUGUUUGGCAACUAGGCAGAAUUGUCCAGCUAAACCUGAACAUUCUGGCUAAGUUUUCAUUUGGACAUGAAAAAUGUCCUCCUGUUUCUUUUCACUUCUCUCCUUCUUCUUCAUAUCUCAAUGUAGACCUUGUGCAUGACUUCUAAGUUCCAUUAAGUUUGUAUUAAAGGUGACAACAUGUACCACAGUUGUAUGCUCAUCCAUUUUUCUAAAUUUUCCUAAGUGCCAGUUCUGCAUAAUUUUGGCAUUAUUUUUAAAUUUGCAAGUGCAUCUUAUCUUUGUGUCAUUUAACAUGACAAAAAAUUGAUUGGUUUUUUAAUAUUCUUAUGAAGUAUCACAUUCAGGAAUCCACCCCUUCAAAACAAAACAAUUGUUGCUUUCUUUUGAAUUAUUAUAUUUGAGUGAAGACUUUUUUCACAGGCAGAAUAUUUAUAUUCUGUUUAUUCCUUUCUCUUUUUGGCUUUAAAUAGAAAGAGGAACACUUCAAUCCUACAGCAUUUUUCCUGAUUUUGUUGCCACCAAUAAUUUUUGAAUCUGGGUAUUCACUCCAUAAGGUAAGAGUAUCAUCCAGAUAACAAGAAGAGACUUUUCAUUUUAAAAUUAACAUAAAAUUAUCUUAAAAAGUUUCAAAGUUUUGAAUUUUCUUUUUCAAAUCAGUUCACUGUAUGUGUUCCUCUAUGGUUAUUAUGAUGUGUACCACUAAAGGUUUGCAUUAAAAUCUGACUUUUUGUGUAGAAUUCUGAGCCACUUGGUUAUUAAGACAUUGAAUGGUACAUGCAUUAUGUAAUUAUGAGAUGACUAACUAUGAAAUGUCGUCAGUGAACUCUGAACUUACGUCACGGAAAGACAACUUCUCACCCAUUCAGUGGUACUAAGAAUUUGUUUUGUUAGGCUAUUCUUCAACCUUCAAUAUAUAUGGUUUAAAAAAGAAGGCUACAAAUUCUUAGCUUUCAGUACAGAAAGCUGUUUUUCUAUGUUGGAAACAAAGUCUUUGUAAUUUAUUUUAUUAUUUGUUUAAAUGGCUAUGAAAACAAAACACACUAGACAUGAAGUAUUUUUCAAGUUGUGGAAAUAAAAUUCAUGGAUUUUUUUAUAAGCACAAUGUCUCUGCCAAAUUAUUCCUGUUAAAUAUGCCCCUUCCACAGUUGUGAAGUAAAGUACCUCAUGUUCUAUAAAACUUGAUUUCACAUCCAAAUUUAACAUUUUAAGAGCCAAAGAUGAACUUUACCAUCUAAAUGAGGGAUUGGAUGAUUUUAGCACUUCACUUUCCUUAGAACAUUUUAAUUCAGCAGUUACUUUCCUUUUUCAGGGUAAUUUUUUUGCCAACAUAGGCUCGAUUAUUGUUUUUGCUAUUUUUGGAACAGCUGUAUCAGCUAUUGUUAUUGGAGGUGGUAUCUAUUUAUUGGGAAAGGUGAGUGGUUUCUCUGUCUUUAAAAGGACCUUCCUGAAAAACCAGUUUUGGGUGAUCAGCAACCACUUGAUGAAAGAUCAGUUAGAAUUACAACAAUACUGAUCAUAAUAAAUUUAUUGGCAUGCUUUAUGCUUAAUUGUAUAAAUUGAAAAGUGGUACUUUAGUGUUGGAACUGAAAUCUGCUCUUAUCUCAGGAAUCUUUAUGACCAUCUGUUGUACCUAAGUGGUCCUUUAGGAAGCAAACAAUUCGUACAGCAAAUAGAUCAUCACAAAACAAAACAGAUUUUCAGUUUUUGAAUGUAAGAGGCAAUCAUAAUUACUGGUACUCUGUGCUUUACAUCAUGAUCUUUUUCAUCAGAUUAAAUUGGAGCUCUAUAUUUACAUGUAUUUUAGCGAAGAUAAAAGUGAUAUUUCCAUAUGACUGCAGCUGCAUAAAAUAUUGUUUCCUUGUUCAUUUCAAUUAAUGGACAUCUUACAAGACAUCUCUCUUUUAUGAUUUGUCCAUUUAGGGUGGUGUAGCAUUUCAACUUGAUUUAAGAGAAAGGUGAGGUUUUAUAAUGUUUGGUUAGGUUUUUACCUGCAAACAUGUGAGCUGCUGUACAUUUAUAAGCUCAAUUUAGGUCUUUUUUCUGAUGCUGACCCUGUUUCCAGGGCUUGUGAACUGUAAUGGUACUUACUGUAGUUCUAACUUGUAGUGUUACAAUGUAAUGAUAGACAGUGAUGCUUUGAUUUUUAGUUUAAGUUUCCCACUAUACAUGUUGAAAAUUCUUUUGAAGGUGACUUCAAGGUUUACCCAAGUUUUCUUUUCACAGCUUUGCCUUUGGCUCCCUGAUUUCAGCAGUGGAUCCUGUAGCAACACUGGCAAUCUUCCAUGCAUUGGAUGUUGAUCCAACAUUAAACAUGUUGGUGUUUGGCGAGAGUAUUCUUAAUGAUGCUGUUUCUAUCGUCAUGACCAAGUAAGUGGGUGUUCUAUAUUCAAUACAAUAUUCCUUUGUCAUGUUAUUCAUUUCUCUUUAAACUUUGAUGUGCUAUUCUAUGCUUUUUUCCUUAUAGUGAGCUGUGUGUUUGAAUUUAAUGAGAAAUUAUUUUUGAAAGUAGGUCACAUGUCAUCUCAAGUUAUUGUGGGGACUAGAAUCCUGCCUUUGGCAUUCAGGUGCUUCUAGGCUGCAUGAGGAAUGAACACGAGGAUUGAAUAUGAGGAAUGAACAUACAGGAGAAGAACCCAUUGCAUUUUGCAUGGUUUAUUCAUCAUGACCACAGAAUCGUCUCAGUUACACUUUUUCAUUUAGGAAAAUAUAUAAACCCUUUCCUCUAACUUUAAGUAAAACCCUUAUUGAAAUAUUUAUCUUGUUAUUUUCAGUACUAUCUUAGAGAUGGGAGCUGCACAAUACGCUGAUAGUAGUUCUUUUGAGACAUUCUUCUCAGCUGUGGGGAAUUUUCUUGUAAUGUUCUGUGGUUCAGCAGGCAUUGGGAUCCUAUUUGCUCUCAUAAGUGCAUUUAUAUCCUUGAAAAUUGUGAUGUUCUAGUUUUGCAGUGUUGUUUGAUUUUUGUUCUGAGGAAAAUUAUUUGUUCAGAGCAAUACCUUGAAGACACAGAACUAGUUACUAAAAUGUUUUUUCCUUGACAAUGCUGUCACCUUUUGAAGCAUGUUGAUUUGCGAACCACUCCUUCUUUAGAACUUGGUACCAUGUUAAUAUUUUCCUAUGCACCUUAUGGUUUGGCAGAGGGCCUAAAACUAUCAGGUAAGUUAAUUUUACUCAGUCUAUAGAUGUUGAAUGAUAUUUCUUAAAUACAAUUUAACAUCAGGGCGAAAUUGGCGGUUGCACAGUUGCCAGUGGCGAGUUAAAACUGACCAGGGUCACCAAAAGUUAAGGUUUGAAUGCCCAAUGUGUGACUAUGCUACAGAAUUUCAAAAAGUUGCAAUGUAACUUAUGUGAAGUACAAAGUUAAAAAUAAAACUCAAUAUGUAGUUUAAUUGGACUACCCUUCCCUUCAUUUCUUUGCCUGGACUCUACGAUCAUCCAUUUUAGCGAUCAUCCAUUUUAACAGUGAUUUCGUGAGGUUGUUCUUUCCUUUUAGUUAACACUCUGUUAAAAGCCAUGGGGCAUUUAUACAAGUUUUUCAUUUUAAACUAGAGGAAAUCAAGGGCAACUCCAUUUUGGAAUGGGCCUCUAAGAAUUCAAGGAAACUGGCCUGACUGGCCACCAAGCUCUGGAGUUAAUUUUAAGCCCUGUAACAUGAUUAACUACUGCAUGGGAUUUUAGUUUAAGUGACCAUAAAAUAGAAUAAAAACGACUUCCCAAACUGCACAUUAUAUAAAGAAAGGUGUCACAUUUCCGUUCAAUUGAUCAUGUAAUAAUUUUAGUAGAAAAUAUUCAUGGAGGUCAACUAUUCAAGCAAGAAGAUAACUUGAGGAAGAGUUAUUCAGUUAUGAAUGACCCCUGAGGUGAAUUUCCCUCUCAUGCAUGUAUUACCUACCAUGCACCCAGAUGACCAAUUUCUUAUGUUCUGUUUGACUGCAGGAAUCAUGGCUAUUUUAUUCUGUGGCAUUGUUAUGUCUCACUACACCCAUUUUAAUUUGUCACCCAUGACUCAAAUUACAGUACAACAGAUUUUUCGUACAACAGCUUUUAUGGCAGGUAUGUUUAAUUCAUAUUCCUGAGAUAAAAAAUGGUUUACAGAGAGUGGAUGAGUGAUGUAAUGACUCAGAUAAGAGGUAAACCUGAGGUUUGGAACUCUGUGGACCCAUGAUGUGGUUACUGUUGUUUAUAUACUAAGGGGGCAUUGCUGUGUGGUUGGGAUGCAGAACUUGUCACAUGAUGAUGUUGAGUUUAGCUUCCUAGUUGCACUCUGUUCAUAGCCAAAUGGCUUGCCUCUAGACAGAGGGGAUAUUAAGUUGUUAAAUAAUUGUAUACAUCAUGCUCAUUGACCCUGAUUGGCCUUAUUUGGGGGAUGAUUGGUGUGAAUAUCAGCACCUAGAUAAAGCCUCUGAACACAGUUAUUGUAAAUUAUUUCUACAGGAAACAUGUGAUUAUAAAAUUAUUUUUUUUUCAUAUUGACUUUAAUGAAGAACUUUGAGAAGCUUUGAUUUGUUUGUCAUUGCCUUGAAUGUUAAUUUACUAAACCUUUUUUUUUUAUUUCAGAAACAUGUGUAUUUGCUUAUUUAGGAAUGGCAAUCUUUAGUUUCAAACAUCAAUUUAGACCAGCAUUUGUUAUAUGGACUAUAGUAAGUAUUGUGAAAGGAAGAUUGUUCCCACGGAAAAAUGUGCAGAAAUUUCUACCUGAUUGUUUUACAAAUAGUUUUCUAAGAAUUUGGUUACUGAGGCUAUUUUAUGUCAACCCAUAACCAUUCAUACCCUUCUAGAUUUUACAAGACAGUGUUCAAUCUUUUUUGAUGCAUUCACAUUUAUUUUUAUUUUUACAUUUUGCCAUGUUUAAAUUUUGUUAAAAUACUUAUUUCUUGCUUUUAUAUUGUUACUUACUAGAUUCUUUGUUUACUUGGAAGAGCAGUGAAUAUUUACCCACUAUCUUCCCUUGUAAACCAAUUCAGAGAUAUUAGAAUCUCUCGCAAAACUCAGUUCAUAAUGUGGUUUAGUGGUACGUAUGUAAGCAAUAGAAAUACUUUGUCUGUAUGAGUUAUUCUUUGGUUACAUGCACAAUGUUAAAGAGUAUGCACAUAACUUAAUCUUGAGUUAUUAUCCCUGAAUGUUCCCUUCUAAAUAAUGUCACUGUGAAACUAAGAGAACUUGAAGUAACGUGAAUAAUUUUUUGUGACUGUCUGUUAUAAUAAUAGUUAUAAUAAUAAUAAUAAUAAUAAUAAUAAUAAUAAUAAUAAUAAUAAUAAUAAUAAUAAUAAUGACUUUAUUGGAUAACACAAUUACUGGUAGAACCAGUAGUUCUCAUUGUGGUCCAUGACCACAUGACCAAUGACAUUUUAGAUCAAGACACAGGCUAAACCACAAACCUGUAACCAAUGUAAUUAUGUGCAGUUAAGUUGCAUCAAGUCUGGUUGACUCCUUCCCUUUAAUAUAGCAAAAGGUCUGGAAUUUUCCUUUUAUCAUACAGUUCCUGUAAAAGAGAUCUAAAGAACCUUAAUCACAAACUGUAUGUUUGUAAUUGUUCUCUGAUUGAAAGCAAGCACUCUAAGAGAUAUCAUGGAAUCAACAGACUAAAUGAUACUGUCAGUGCUUAUUUCUGCAAAGUAGAUGUAAUGACAUUUGAUACUAUCCUCAGGUUUACGGGGGGCUGUGGCCUUUGCUCUUGUGCUCCAUCUUCAGUUGGAUGAUGAAAAGCGACAUGUCCUCAUCACCUCUACACUCAUUAUAAUCAUGUUCACAAUUCUGUGUUUAGGCGGAUCAACUCUUCCAUUGUUAAAGGUGAAUUGAACUUCAAUACAUUGUAAAUGAUGAUUGUAUAGUCUAAAUCAAUUCUAUUAGGCUUUCAAUUCAUGCACAGUAUGUGUGGUUGGAAAAGCUGAAAUGGUGGAAAUAGUUUUAAUGAAUAAAAGAAAACCUAAUUUUUUUUCCUGUCGUACAUUUUACAUUGUAGUUACUCAAAGCAGAUCAAGGAUUGGAAAAGAGUUUAACACUUAGUAAAACACAGACAGAGGUAAGUCAUGAAAUGAUUACAACUUGGGCAUGACCAUGCACCCCUCAUCUCUCUACUGCCUUUCUUCUCCAUUGUGUGCUGUUCCUCUUUUCCUCCAGCCAGUAUACUUACAGAGCAGUAAGCCAACAUUUGUUAAUCCACAGGGUAAAGCAGUGGAUGCAGAUCAACUGACUGAUGAUGAAUGGAGAAUAAGCAGCAGGAAAGCUUUGAAGGGCUUCUCUCGGCUUGAUGCUAAGUAUUUCAUUCCAUUCUUCACCAGAAAGUUUACAAGACAGGUAAAAUACAGCACUGCUGGGUCAUUAUUGCUACAGCUGAUUGCUGCUGUGCUUACCCUUCUUUUUCCUGCAUUGUUCUUUCAGGAGGUCCGCAAUGCACAUGAAGAAAUGCAGCGCUUAACAAGUCAGUUAUACAGUGAAGUACACAGUGACUUGGCAUCUGAAGAUGAAGCAGAGAACAAACUCUAAAUUACAUAUUUGUCUCACAAUGAAGCAAUUUGGGAGGGGUAAAUGAAUGCAAAUUUAGAUCUAGUAGAUCACUAAUUAAGGGUAAGGACAUAGUGAUGUGUUGUUACACUUAUGGAUAUUUAUUUCUGGGGUUUUUUUUGAAAUACAAGCUAAAUAUUUCAUGUUUUAGAUUAUCUCAUAACUUGAAACUACAAUCACUGUUGUGAAUAACAUUCCUUUUCAAAGCUCUGACAGAAGGCUGAUGCUCAAACAUCACCUUUUGAAGCUCUUUACAGUGGCUAAUUUACAUUACUAACUCAGUUGAUAAAACCAAAUUACCUUUUCAAAGCUUCUCUUACUUGUAUGAUCAGACCACACAAUCAAAGUUCAAUAUAGGAGGAACCAUUAUUCAGCACUAAUGGCCGGCUCAUUAGCUCUCGUCUUAAUGGAACCACUUAAAUGCAGUCCUAAGUUGCCAAGACUACAAACUCUAUAAAUACAUUAAAGAGGAUUAUUUAAGUGUACAUUGUACAAAAGAAUUAGUACAUUGUGGCUGAGGCAAUUUUUUGUCUCAGUGAUUUUCUGACAUUUCCAUGACUUAGUAGAUGAUGAAAUAUAAAUUUAUGUUAAGUAUUAUUUGUAAAUAUGUAUAUUAAAGUUUGAUAACUUAUACAGAAGUUUUUGAAUAUUCAAGGAGAAAUUGGCUAGAAAUUUGUGAAUAAUAUAUUUGAAAGUUUUAAAUGUGGGGGCAAAGUGGAGUUACUCUUAAGAUUAUUACUUUUGGCAGGUAGCACUCUUGAAAUACACUGUGAGUAAAUGCCCAGUAGCUGGCCACGGUCUCCUAA